AUGAUGCUUUCAGACUUCAUUGAUCACCCAAAAAAAACAAUUUCUCCAUGGAUAUUUCUUCUCUCUUCUCUUGGUUUUCUCUUCCUCUUCAGGAAAUCCUUCUCUCUCCUAAAAUGGGUCUUCAUCACCUUCCUCAGACCUCCAAAGAAUCUCAGAAACUAUGGCUCAUGGGCACUCAUCACUGGUUCAACAGAUGGCAUAGGCAAAGCCUUCGCCUUCAAACUAGCCCAGAAAGGUCUAAACUUAAUUCUAGUGAGUAGAAAUUUCAACAAGCUCAAUGAAGUUUCAACUGAAAUUCAUGCUCAAUAUCGGAAUACCCAGAUCAAGAUUAUUGUGCUGAACUUUUCCGGCGACGUGGCGGCCGGAGUGAGAGAGAUGGAGGCGGCCAUUGAAGGGUUGGAGGUGGGUGUGUUGAUUAAUAACGUGGGGGUUACGUAUUCAGAAGCUAGGUUGUUUCAUGAGGUUGAAGAGGAAGUGUGGAUGAAUGUGGUGAGAGUGAAUUUGGUGGGUACCAGUUUGGUUACAAGAGCUGUUCUACCGGGAAUGAUCAAAAGGAGGAGAGGUGCAAUUGUUAAUAUUGGUUCUGGUGCUGCCAUUGUUGUUCCUUCUCAUCCUCUCUAUGCUAUCUAUGCUGCUACCAAAGCGUACAUUGAUCAAUUGUCCAGUUGUUUAUACAUGGAAUACAAAAACUUGGGGAUAGAUGUUCAGUGCCAGGUACCACUAUAUGUCUCAACCAAAAUGACCUCAAAAGUUGCACUGAUAGAGAAAUCGUCACUGUUCGUGCCAUCGGCGGAAAAUUACGCUGGAGCUGCAGUGCGGCAGAUAGGCUACGAAGCACGGUGCAUGCCUUACUGGGGCCACUCAGUGCAGUGGUUCUUCGCCUCCUUGUUGCCUGAAGCUGUUCUUGAUGCUUGGCGUCUGUCUAUCGGAAUCCGCCGGAGGGGAAAAGCUUGUUGA